UUCUUUUCUUCCACUUUUCUCUCCGUAUAUAAAAACCACCAUCCUUCAUGCCUAUUACUCUCAUAUAUAUUCACAGACAAAUAAAACGAAACCCUAGCAAGAGAAUACCUUGUUACGGUCCUUACAACAAAACCCAAAAUAUCUACAAUGUCUCGCAACUCCUCCUCCUUCCCAUCUUGCUUCUGCCCAUCCACCACCUCCGAUGACCAUCACUCUCCACCACAACCACCGCCCAUCUCCGGCAACCCCAACCUCACCACCGGCCUCUACCAAACCCACCUCGGCCUCUUCUCCCUCACCUGGUCUCGUUCCCUUCUCGGCAGCCACUCUCUCCACCUCGAUCUCCUCCACCACCAUCACCACCCAUUUGACUCUCCUCCUUCUCUUCCUUCCCAAUACUCCUUCCACCUCCACGUCAAACCGCUUAUCUUCUGGAAAAAGCAUGGAUCCAAGAAGCUCAACUCCAACACCCAAAUCUUUUGGGACCUGACCAAAGCCAAGUUCGGGUCCGGACCCGAACCCUACUCCGAGUUCUACAUCGCCGUUGUUUUUGACAAUAAAAUGACCCUCCUCGUUGGCGAUUACAUCAAAGAAGCCUACUCCAAAACCAAAGCCCAAAAGCCUAAAAGUUCCCAAGUUCUAGUCCUGAAAAGAGAACACGUCUUUGCCAACAAAAUCUGCGCAACAAGAGCAAGAUUUGGAGGCAGAAUGAGGGAAAUACAAAUAGAUUGCGGCUACAACGAUGACACCAGACUCUGCUUCAGCGUCGAUAAUAAAAAGGUCUUGCAGAUAAAGCGCUUAAAAUGGAAAUUCAGAGGUAAUGAGAGAAUUGAAGUCGAUGGGGUGCCCGUACAGAUCUCGUGGGACGUGUACAACUGGUUGUUCGAGAAGGACAACGACGACGGGCGUGCUGUUUUCAUGUUCAGGUUUGAAGAAGAACGAGAAGAAAAAGAGGAGGCGAAUGGGAUGUCUUUGUGGACGCAACAGAGCUGGGGUUACGGGUUGAGUAGGGUGGAGUGGAGGAAGAUGCGGAAGAGCUCGUCGUCGUCGUCGAUAUCAAUGUCGUCGUCGGCGGGGUCAUCUGGAGGAAGUUCUGUGAUGGAGUGGGCCAGCGCGGAGGAGACUGAGUUGGGAGGCCCAACUGGUUUUUCAUUGCUGGUUUAUGCUUGGAAGAGGUGAAGAUCAUUGCAGAGAUCAUCAGGUAUCCAUUACAAUUUAGUAAUGUUAGUUGAUUAUUUGCUCGCACUAACCCAUUUGUUCUUGGACCAAAAACAAUAAAGUAGUAGCUGACGCUCAGAUAAUCUCAUGAUCUUGAUUAUUAAUUUAUACAUACUUAUAGCUAGAUCUAACAACUUCGCCUAUACAAUCUGGGAAAAUCAUUUCUUUUUCCUUCUUGUGCUGUGCUGAAUUUUUUGGUGUAAUUAAUGUUGUCAAACAGAUUAUUGCUUAAGCCCAAUAUAUUGAAGUAGUUGAUAUAAGGUUUCCCGUUGGGGUA